AUGGAGAGUGGAGCAGGAAAGCAUUGGACUGAAGAGGAGGUUAAAGCCUUGUUAAGCGUCUGGUCAGAAAAAAAUAUCAGAAAGCAACUCCAUGGCACCCUGAGGAAUAAAGGAAUAUUUAUCUACAUUGCUAAAAAAUUACAGGAGUUAGGAGUUUGCAGAGAUUGGAAACAGUGCCGUGCGAAGUAUAAAAAUCUGAAGUAUGAAUACAGAACGGUUAAAUAUGCCCACAACUCUGGAGAUGUCACUAAAACCAUGAAGUUUUUUCAUGAUCUGGAUGCCAUAUUGCGAUAUGAACCUGUCACACAAUUAGCAGCAGAAGAAAACGGCAGGUGUUCUGCAACUGAGACGCAGCUGAACACAAGCCCCACAACAGACAACACGCAAGGUGAAAAAUCAGUUUCUUUAGAAGAUGAUGAGGAUGCUUCAGGAGAUCCACUACAUUUUAUGUCCCAUGUCAGACCAGUUCAACUAGGUAACCUGAAUCUGUGUCUCUCCCCUACCCCACACGAUGCAGGUAAUCCAACGUCAGCUUCCAAAACACCGACUUUUAUUCCAACAGUAGCAAACGAAGGAGGAAAACACUGGACUGUUAAUGAAGUCAGAGCUCUGAUACGCAUAUGGUCAGACAAAAGUAUCCAGCAACAACUGGAGGGGACAGUGAGAAAUAAAAGAAUAUUUGAACAGGUUGCUGCUAGACUUCAAAAGUUUGGAAUUGACAGGGACUGGAAGCAGUGCAGGACAAAAUAUAAAAAUCUGAAACAUGAAUACAAGAAUGUAAAAAAUGCCCAACACUCAGGGAGUACAAGCAAAAGUAUGAAAUUUUUUACUGAACUGGAUGCUAUUCUGGGGCACAGCACCAUGGAACAAGCAAGUAAAUCAAAUAAUGAUGAAAGUGGGAGGCCUCCAGAAUGGACUGAAGCAAAAUCAGAAAAGGACUGCAUAGAAAUGCCUGGAGACAGAGGUGAAGAAGACUCUAUUAGUAAUAUGUCAGAAGACCUACGGGUUGCAGACAUAAAGAAAGUUUCUGACUCAGAAAUCCUCGAAGAUGAGGAGGACUUCACUAAUACCACCCAGGCAGCUCUGGAAGCCACACAAAUAAAGAAGGAGACAAUUGACAUAGAUGAUGAUUCUAUAAGCACUACCUCAGAAGACAGAUCUUGUACGCCAGUAGCAAAGCAGAUAGUUGGAACAGACAAUCAAAUUCCCUUGGAUGAAGCACAAAAUCACUUUAAAGUUAUUACGGUUAAUGAUACUGGAGCAGGAAAACACUGGAGUGAUAAUGAAGUCAGAGCUCUGAUAAACAUAUGGUCAGAUGAAAAGAUACAACAAAUGCUUGAAGGAGCCACAAGAAAUAAAGAAAUAUUUGAGGAAAUUGCCAGAAGGUUAAUGAAACGUGGAAUAGACAGAGACUGGAAGCAAUGUCGCACAAAGUACAAGAACUUAAAAUAUGAAUACCGAGCACUGCAGAAAGAAAAUGAACAUCAUGGUAAUCCCAGAAGAAGAAUGAGGUUUUAUGAUGAAGUUGACUGCAUCCUAAGAAGACAGCCUCUAGGUCCAGCAAGUUGGGGAUGUGAAAGUUCUAGCCUCCCACCAGUUUCAGUGGGAGAUAUUACAGCAAACACAGGAUCAUUCGGUGUCAAGAGAAAAACAUGGAAUGAUGAGAUGUCACCUGUUCCACUCAAGAAAAGUGCUUCUGAGAACACCAUACUCCAGUUUCAAAAACUUUUAACAGAGAAAGUGCAUACGGUAACAGAAGGCAAGAUGUUACUGUUAGAAAGGCUUUGUAAGCAGGAAGAAAUGCAAGACCUCAACAGAUCACAGCUGUAUGGUGAUCCACCAGCCAUACAACAGGAGUUGUUUCAAAGAUACAUCCUUGAACUUGUAUCUGUUAUGCAUACAGAACUGCAGUCUCUGGUGCCUGCUCCCGCCGCCGCCAUGGCUCCCGCAGCAUCAGAAUUGAAACUUGGCAAAAAAGUUAACGAAGGCAAAACAAAAGAAGUCUACGAGUUGCCAGAGAUCCCGGGAUGCGUUUUGAUGCAGUCAAAAGACCAAAUAACUGCAGGAAAUGCAGCCAGGAAGGAUCGUAUGGAAGGAAAGGCUGCAAUUUCCAAUACAACAACUAGCUGUGUGUUUCAGUUACUUCAAGAAGCUGGAAUCAAAACAGCUUUUGUCAGAAAACACAGUGAUACAGCAUUCAUAGCAGCUCACUGUGAAAUGAUCCCAAUUGAAUGGGUGUGCAGAAGAAUUGCUACUGGCUCCUUCCUCAAGAGAAACCCUGGUGUCAAAGAAGGAUAUAAGUUUUAUCCACCCAAAAUUGAAAUGUUUUAUAAGGAUGAUGCCAAUAAUGACCCACAGUGGUCUGAGGAACAGCUAAUUGAAGCCAAGUUCUGUUUUGCUGGACUUACUAUUGGCCAGACUGAAGUGGAUAUUAUGGCACACUCUACUCAAGCUAUUUUUGAGAUCCUGGAAAAAUCAUGGCAACCCCAGAACUGCACUCUGGUAGAUCUGAAGAUUGAAUUUGGUGUUAAUAUUUUAACAAAAGAAAUUGUUCUUGCUGAUGUAAUUGAUAAUGAUUCCUGGAGGCUGUGGCCAUCAGGAGACAGAAGCCAGCAGAAGGACAAACAGUCUUACCGGGACCUAAAAGAAGUUACUCCUGAAGCACUGCAGAUGGUUAAGAGAAACUUUGAAUGGGUUGCAGAAAGAGUAGAGUUGCUUCUGAAAACAAAGAUCCAAGGUAGAGUUGUGGUGUUGAUGGGAUCUCCUUCUGACCUCAGUCACUGUGAAAAAAUAAAAAAGGCAUGUGCAACCUUUGGCAUACCUUGUGAGUUAAGAGUGACCUCUGCUCACAAAGGGCCAGAUGAAACUCUAAGGAUCAAAGCAGAAUAUGAAGGAGAUGGAAUCCCAACAGUAUUUGUUGCAGUAGCUGGCAGAAGCAAUGGUUUGGGGCCAGUAAUGUCUGGUAACACUGCUUACCCAGUUGUUAACUGUCCUCCUCUCUCAGCUGACUGGGGUGCUCAGGAUGUGUGGUCCUCUCUCAGACUACCCAGUGGUCUUGGCUGUCCUACUACUCUGUCACCUGAAGGAGCUGCCCAGUUUGCUGCCCAGAUAUUUGGGUUAAAUAACCACUUGGUAUGGGCAAAACUGCGAUCAAGCAUGUUAAAUACAUGGAUCUCCCUGAAACAGGCAGACAAAAAACUUAGAGAAUGCAUCUUGUAAGUCAAGCUAACAAAUAACUUAUACUAGUUACACAACAAUAAUGGUGUGCAUAUUUGCAUUAGGAUUUACACUUGGAUGAGCUGAAAAAUCCUUUCUUCUAUAAGAAAGGAUAAAGUAUUGUUAGAACAGUUAAGUUUGUGUCCUCAUUCUUCCCUCUUUUUAAUAAACCUCAUACUAAAAGAUGAGGGAGUAGUAUUCUCUUUCUGUUGCUCCGAACUGGUGCUGUUCUGCUUUUUAGUGUAUACUGUUAACCUCAGUCCCUGUUUAAUGUCAAGAUAAUGAUUCAGUGUGAUCUACAUAGAAUUUCACUUGUUUUGAGUAACACUACUCUUUAGUAAUAAUGCAAGUCUUGAACAUAUUGACUGCUAAUGAAAGCCAGUGUUUCUGCUGUUUUGCUUGCAACGAUGGUAUGCUUUCUUUAGCAAUAAAAUGGCAACAUCCUAUACCAAUAGGAAAAACCUGGUAAGACUAGAAUACCUGCCUUAAAAAGCUUAUCAAUAUUUUCUGGAAUGAUGUGGUAAAAGUUAAUGCCAGUUUUCUUGUUCAUGACAGGCCAUAAACCUGAAUAGUCUUGAGUUCACUCAAGACUAGGUUUGUUGCCUAGCUGCUCUAACUAGUCUUUGCCCUUUUAAAUACCUUAUUUCCCUAGUUCUAAAGGACAUAUGUUGUUGUCAAAUUCCCUUCAUUCACUUAGCUGUAGCUGUUCUGUAUCUGUAUUUCCUUACUUUAUUUCUUUGGAGAUUUUACUGAACUGAAGGUGGGAAUAAAUAAUAAAGCAGCAAAAUACUAGAAGAAAAUCUAGGCAUGACUGUCUUGGCACAUACAGCUCUUUUGUUAGAAUCAGCACCUAUUUAACAAAUAUGCAGUUACUCAAUGUAUGUAACACUUGUGCUUCUACAACUACAAAUAAACUACUCUAUUCAAA